GGGUCCCUUUGUGGGGUUUGACAAUAAGAUGGCGGGCGUGGGGAGGCGGGGCUGGGUGGCCCCGCCCGUCCCUCAGGCGCGGAGCGGGCGGUGAGGCGGGAGUGGAGUGAGGGCUCCUGCGCGAGCGGCGGCGACAGCAGCGGCGAGGCGAGCUUUGGUUUCUUCCCACGGUUCUUAGAAAAGCCAGUGUUGGAGUGGAGAGGAUUAGAGUGGUAGAGGGGAGAUACAGCCCCUUCUUGUCUUCUCUUGCUAACCAUCAUCACUGUACUUAAAGCUGUACAGAAGGCAGACUGUGCUUCACUGAACCUCCAGCACUGGCCUAGGUGGUGCUCUCACUUUUGCUGUAUGGACUCUUGCUCAGUAGCAUGGGAGAAGAGGAAGGACUACAUCAAACACAGUUACUGCGGCUCCUGACUUCCAUCAAGUGUGGAGCUUCAUGGGAGCCAGGAGCUGGGAGCCCCUGCCUCUCUCCAAUGCCAUGCCUUGUGGACCUGCUCACCCCUGGUUCCUGAAUGCCGUCUUUGGGACCCAGUCCAUAUGUUCCUGACCUAUGUUGUACCACACUGGCUUUCUAUAACCUGGACACAAUGUUUGUUCGAGGACUAAAGAGAAAAUGUUUUGAUGGUGAAGAAGAUAUUGAAGGGACUCUGGCUGGUAUUAAGGCUAUUCCUUCCUAUAAUCUUCAGAGGCAGUCGCUUUUAGAUAUGUCCUUGGUUAAACUUCAGUUGUGUCACAUGCUGGUUGAACCCAACCUCUGUCGUUCGGUACUUAUAGCCAACACGGUACGUCAGAUCCAAGAGGAAAUGACUCAGGAUGGGACUUGGCAGAUGAUAAAUACACAGAGUACAGGGCAGACAUCCCUGGAUCGUCUUGUUUCAACAGAUAUCCUCUGUCGUUCAUCUAGGGAACAAGCUGAGGGAAAGCAUGUUCCAGGCUAUGGUACUUUGAGUAAAGACUUUGAGGGUGGCGAGGGACAAGAUAGUUCAGAAACUAUGUCAACAGCCUCUUCAGUGCAAGCUCCAAGAAACCUGCAGGGCAACGUGUGGGAAAUGGAGAAUCCACAAGAAAAUAAAGGAAACUUUCAGAAAUCUUUAGAUCAAAUAUUUGAGACACUGGAGAAUAAAAGUCCUAAUUCGGUUGAAGAUCUGUUUUCAGAAGUUGACAAUUCUUACUAUGAUCUUGAUACUAUGUUAACAGGCAUGAUGAGCAACACAAAAAUGGGACAUUGUGAUGGGCUUGAAACAUUUUCUUCUCCAACAAAUACAGCUUCUAACUCUAAUUGUAAAUCUGAUCUUAAUGAGCUUGAUCAUAUUGUGGAAAUCCUUGUUGAAUCCUGAAACUCCUUGUGCAGGAGGUAAAGAUCUGUUAAUGCGAAGAAAAGACUUGAGAGUUUAAUGUUAAUGGGAAGAAAAGACUCCAUAGUUUGUUCUAUCAAAUCUGCACGAGUAUUUUACAAAUAUCUAUAUAUUAUAUAGAUAUAUAUAUUAAGAAGCACUUCAUAUUGCAAAAUAGUGUUAACUCUUAAAGUUAACCUGCAACUUGUAGUGUAAUAAUCUGAUUUAUCAUCCACUGAACUGUAAGUACAUACGGUAAAUGUUUCUAAGUUUGGGGUCCAAGGCUCUUGAAAUUGGGUUCCUUUUACCAAUUUGUUUUAGCCUUUGAUGGAGGAUAAGCUCAGUGAGAGGAACUCUGUCAUCUUCUUAUACUUCUCCCCAUAAAAAUGAUAAUAAACCGAGAGAGAAGUUGGAUAACUGGUUUCCUAUUUUCCUCCGGUUUCCACUUUGUGGUGUGUUACACCACAAAACUCCUACCAUAUCUGCUGCUUCUGUUCUAAGUCUCUACAUGGCUCUUAAAGAGCAGUAUGCAAUAGUUCCUGUUACCCUUGCUAGCUUCUUCUGGGUUUUGCUACAAUUUUUACUUCACAAAUAGUUUUAAAGUGUUUACUGGUGUUUAGAUCUUUCCAGGUAUUUUCCUAAAAUAUAUUUUUACUACAGAUGUUAUGUCAGCUGCUAACUUAGUAACUUUUGAUCAUAUCUGCAGUUGAUGUAUUUUUUGCAAGAUUUUCAAAAAGGGAUGUUUUUUUACCAUGAGCUACCUAAUGUAGUUCAGUAAAGUGUAUGUAAAUGUAAAUAUACAAUUUUAUACUUUACAUUAAAAUGUAAGAGCUGUUUUCAUUAUUCUGUUUUAUAGAGUAGUACUUUACUAAAUUGAGAAUUGUACAUCUAUGUUUUUCAUACCCCGCAUACUUGAGUAUCAUUAUAGGAAGAGCUUUGAUCCAGCUAGAUACAAUUACAUUUAAUUCAUUUCAGACCAUACUUUUUGUUAACUACAAACCUAAAUUACGUAGGUUUUUAUUUAUGUGUAUUUAUAUGUAAAUGUCAUCAAGUGAAUUGUUUAUCACUGAAGUCUAUCAUCAAGUAUUUGUUUAUAUGGGAUAACUAUCUUGCACUAAUUACUACAAAAAGUGUUAUUAGCGGCCUUUACAUCUCACUGGUAUGUCACGAUGUCUUGUCAUAAUUAAUAUGCUCCACUCUUACCAAGGGUUUCCUCUUGGCUUUUUUUUUAUAAUAACAAAAGAUAAUACAACAUGGGAUGGUGGUCUUUUCUUCACAUUCAGUUUAGAAUGUAUAUAAUUAGACUUCUUCCUAUGAGGCUUUUUUAGGGGAAAGGAAUAAUUCAAGUACAGCCUAUGGUUUUGUUACAAAAUAACAAAUGUUUGCCAUCACAAGCUGCUGCUGGGGAAAAAGCCCCAAGCUAGCAGGGAGCAGAGAAGGGGAAAAGAUGGACUGGUUUCUGGAAUGUGUUAGCACUGGCUCUGCCAGGGGAGACAUCUGCCAGUGACUUGGCUGUUUUCUGUAGAUCUGAACCAAGCAAGUUGCUGAACAUGAAGAGAACACCUUGCUGUGUCUGACAAGUUCUGCCUUCCCACGAGUGACCUUCCCUACUAUGCACUGACCUUGGCAGAUCCUCAAACCCCUGAAAAGGGGACUGGGGGUGGGAAAUACCAAGGGGGUGUUAAGGACCUUUGAGUAUCACAUCAAGAAAAGGAGACCACUGAGCUUAUGUUUUGAACAAGUGCUUUAGAAUCAUGUGCUUUGAGGAAAAAUUAGAGCAUUUAGCUAAAUUUUUCAAACUCAAUAGUUGCAUGAAUAUUGGUUCCAUUGCAUGAAACCACACACUUGUUGUGAGUCUUCAGUGAAUCUGAAAGUGUUUCUUGUAUUAAGUUUAGCAUAACAUAAUCUGUAGUGACUGUAGUAGUUAAGCUUUGCUUCCUCAAUUAAAGCUUGAUUAAUAACUUCAUAUUAAAGGAUGAAAUACCACAUAGGCACUUGCAAGUUCAGUCCAUACGAUAUAGCUGGACCAAAGAAAAGCCAAUGCUACAUGUCUUAAUCAAUUGAGAUGGGUGUUGCAGUAGUUCAUCUUGCUUCAGGAGUCUACAAAUGUUGAUCAAACUGUCAUACCUCCCAAUGAAAUAACAGUCUGCUUUAUUUGGUAGUGUUUGUUGUAGAGAUUGCUCCAAAAUUAUAAACCUGCAGGUAAUUUUUGCUUGAUGCUUUUCUGCGUGUGAACCACUGAAUUGGACAUCAGAUGCCUUAGGGUAAAGCAGAAAGCCAGGCAGUUUUAUAAAGGGAACAUCAUCGUUAAAUCGAAUAACUAAAUAUCUUCUGUUUCUCUGGGAAAGUUCCCCAAAACUGCUCUAAACUGUCUUUAAAUAGUCUGAACUGUCUGCAUGUUGCAGGUAGGAAUUAGAAUCAUUUAUUCAUAACUGUUAUAUAUGUCAGAUGCACGUGUGUGUAUUUCUAACUCUAUACCUUUAUACUGUACAGUGGAUGUAGCUGGGUGCAUUCCUUUACUGGGGAAGCUGUGCCUAAUUAAAACAAUUUGUACAGACUGUGGUUUAACGGGAAAGGUAUUGGGUAAAUAUGCUUUUAUGGAGUUAAGCAUUUAAACAGAAAUAUAUAUCCUGUUUUAUUACAUUCUUAAAACUUACGCCAAAUAUGUGCUUUUACAAGCCUGACAUCUUGGCUUGGCAGGUAUAAGAAUUGGUGUUGCUGAAACUUGCACAGUCACUGUACUGAUGUGUGCCUUCAACUGGUUUGACUUUGCAGAGACCAGUCAGUGUAAAAUCAGCUUGUGCCCCCACUGCUCUAAUAACGUGUCUCAGUCUAAUUCAGCUGCUUGUGUUUUGCCUCUCCUGGUAGAAAAUGAGGAAAAAAAGGAAUUAAAAAAAAAGAGCUGUAUUUUCUAUUUUAUUUCAUUGUAAUUUGUUUGCUAGUCUAAAGAGGUACUGGUUAAAUAUGCAUCACUGAAAGGUUAAUACAAUGUUUCCCCUCUAUUUGUUCCUCUGAGGUACUGAGAGACAUCAGAAAUGAUACAGUGCCUGUAAGAUGGUAAAUUUUAAAUUACUUAGUGAGCCGUUAAUACAAAUGGUAAGAGGUUAUACUUGCUGCUGGGGAUUUCCUUAAUUUCUACAUAUAAAUGGGAAAUAAUUUAGCCUCUGUUAAAUUAGGAAAGGCUUCUGACAGAUUUUGCUGCCAUUUUUGUGCUUCUAGGGAAAAGCGUCAUGGAGUUUGCAUGGCAGUCAAUGCCACAUGUGAAACAAGGCUGUUAGUUUGCAUGAUAUAACUGGGCUGCACACUUGCACAAAACAAACUUUCAAGCACAUAGCUAAUAUCAAAUCUGCUUCUUCCUCAGGUAACCUUGAGUUAUCUUCCCUGUCUCCUUCUGCCUCUGUGCCUGUGGUUUUAUUUCUCUUUCUCCCUUGCCAGAAAAUACCAGGUUCUGUAGCUCUGGCGUUCAGCAAGUGCAAGAAGUGUGAGGAUCCAGGCUGCAGUAACGAGGGCUUGUCUGCCUAUUGCUUCCCUGUUUGCUUAGUGUUUGUUGUUUUCUUUUAAUCUGUGAGCCUGUCUAGCAAAAGAUGUCACUGUCUCUAUGAAGAGAGCCAUAUUUGCCUCAAGGACAAAUUUGGUCAAUGAAGAGGGAAUUUCUUUGGAUGAAAAGCACCUUUCCUGACCAGACUGCAUCGGGAAAUCAGCAGUGAGGGGUUCCAGCCUUGAACAAAGUAGGGAUUCGCAUGUGAGCUGAGCCUUCAGACUAACCAGGAAUUACCUGUUUUGAAAGCUGUCCUUAGACUUUUUUUGAAGUCUCAGGUAUGUCUGGGCUGCUUUAGUAGGCAUCUUAAAAGACAUUAUUGUAAAUUGACUGAGAGUGUAGCUUCAUAUUGUAAUUACCAGACCAUUAUGGAUUUUUUGUGCCUCGGAAUAUUGAUUUGAGUGUAUGGCUGCUUUGCAGUCCUGCAAACUAUUCCAUAUUCCCAUACAACUAAAGAGCUGUCAAAAGGUAGAAUGAAAAAAAAUCCAUUUAUUUGCUGACAUCUAGGAUAAGACAAAUAAAAAUGCUUUCAAUAGCGACUUCUGUUCAAAGUGUAAGUAUGCUUCUGUCUCAGGUCUAGGAUGUAUAGUCCCAUAUGCAAAAAAACAUGACACGAUGACAAAUCUUGUUUGCUCAUCAACUCUUAAAUGAGUGUGAUUUCACACUCUGUGACUAAUACUAAAAGUACAAAGCCACCAAGUUUCAAAGAAAUGAAAUAAACAUCUUGGGAACAUACACAUUUUUGUCAAUCUGACUUGUUCAGGGUUUUGCAAGGAUUGUCUGAACUCCUUUUGGUAUCUCUUGCAAAGUUGACAGUUAAGAUAAAUUUUCCUAUUUUUUUCAAGGAAGUUCUGUGAAGAGAUGAAAUCCCAUUGAAUAAUUUAAGUUGUCAGCAAAGAGACUUACUUUAGAUGUUUGUAGUGCCUCUUUUUAAAAAAAAACCCAGUGAAAAAUACUAAAAUUUCAUUAUCUGACAUGAUUUUCAUAAGUUUGUAUGGCAGCUCUUGUUUAAAAAAACAAUUACUCCUUUGCUUAACCAAGAUUCCCCCAAAAUGAGUGGUUUAUGACCUGAAGAAUUAUUGUGGUAUAUUCAUGCAUGACCAACAUGUCAACAGGAAAACCUAAAGCUAGAGGCAGCUUUGCAUUGCAGGGAAAACAUUUGAGUAAUUUCAACUGUCAUCUUCUUAGGAAGGAGUAAUUGAAGAUACAGGUGAAUACAUGAUUUCUUUCAAAAACAGAAUUAAAAAAAAAAUUGUAUCCACAUGUCUGCUGCAUUUGAAAAUUCCCUAGGAGCAUGUGGAAAGUGCAGGUAUGUACUGCAAUAGUAAAAUGCUGCAACAAAGGAUCAGUGUAUAAUAUUUUUCAUGUGCCAAUUACAGACAAGUUUUGAAGAGGAGAUCAAGAAAAUGUAAUGCAACUUCAAAUUGGGAUUCUGCAAGCUUCCAAAACAGGACUUCUGAAGGGAAGAACAGGUAUGGUUCUAAAAAAAAAGUCAAACCUUCAAACAAAACCCAGAAGAGUUUAAUACUUAGAGGGAAAAAAAAACAAUACUUGUAACAAACUCACUUUUCUGUAUUUGAGAUCAUUACUGAGGGAAAGGGUAGAUAUGGAAAGAACUGGGUGUUGGGAUUGCUUUGUGUCCAGUGAGCUGUCAAGUUUAAGAUAAAAUUGUUGAAUGUUUUUUGUUUU